CGGGGCCGCGCGGCAGUGCGCAGGCGCGCGGCGCAGGCGCGCUGCGGCCCCGCGCUGGGCUGGUCGUUGCUGCUCCAAGUGGGCUCGCGGCCUGGCGGGUCCGACCCCCGCCCCCCGCCGCCCUGAGGGAGCAGCCCCCCCCGCCCCUCGCCCCCCCGCCGGUGCCAGCCCCCUCCCGCCGCAGCGCGGCUCGGGGCCGGCCCCGGACACCCCGCGGACCCUCCCCCCCGGCUCCCCCCGAAGCGGGGGGGGGAAGGCUGCGAGGGAGCGACCCCCCCGGCCCCGCAGGCCGGGCCGGGACAGCCGAGGGGGGGGCGCAGCAUGGCGGAGGCCAAGGAGGAGGGAGCCGGACCCUGCGCCAGGUUUGAAGAUAAAUCUGAUGCAGUAUUUGAUAUUACAGAAAAAUGUGGUGAAAUCCUGGAUACAGAAAUGUCUGAGGACACUGACCACACCUUAACACCUGCCCUCGACAGCAUAUCUUAUGGAAUACAGAAUCGAACAGGAUCUGAAAACUCGCUGCUGGAUGAUGAUGAUGACGAUUACUUUCUGAACUCUGGGGAUCUUGCAGGCAUACCUGUUGUUGGGAGUGACAAUGAAGAUGAUCAAAAUUUCGCUCCAAAAGACACUCUUCCUUCAGCAAUUCAUGCUGAAGACCAUUUGGAAGAAGGCAAGAGAGUUACAGAACAUGAACUGGACAGUGAAAAAGAAAUUCAGAUUCAAAAUGCAAUCCAAAAGGAUCUUUCUUCUCCAUAUGAACAGGGCCCUGUAUUUAAAUCAAUUCGAAAAGAUUUUAGCAUAACAAGAGAUAAUGGCAAAGAGACUUUUUCCACAAAGGACAAGAAUAGAGAAGGACAUUUUCAAGAACGUGAAAAACGGUUGGAAAAAAUCCCUAAAGAUAUGGAUUCUAGAUUGAAAAGCAGUUUUCUUGACAAAGCAGUUCAUAAUCAAGUAGAAGAAACAUUACGGACGCAGUUAGCGCCACAAACUCCAGAAACUAACUUCAGGGAGUCUAGCUACCUAUUUUCUAGUAAGGAAUCUAUUGGACAAGAGCUGGGGAAUUCCUUUGCACCAAAUAUUAGAAUUAAGGAGGAGCCUUUGGAUGACGAAUAUGAUAAAGCUAUGGCCCCACAGCAGGGACUAUUAGACAAAAUUAAAGAUGAACCUGAUAAUUCUGAGGAGUACGGCCAACAGCCAAAAACUCAGGAAGGGGAGCUGAAAAUCAGUGCUGUAUUUUCAGUCAGUGGCAGUCCUCUUGCUCCACAGUUGUCGUCAGGUUUCCAGCCUGCUGUGGCAUCCUCUGGCAUGAGUAAAAUGCUUCCUUCAGUUCCAACCACAGCUGUUCGGGUUUCCUGUUCUGGCUGUAAAAAAAUCCUCCAGAAGGGGCAAACUGCAUACCAGAGGAAAGGCUCUACUCAGCUCUUCUGCUCCACACUGUGCCUCACUGGAUACACUGUUCCAGCUUCUCGCCCACCAGCUUCUACCAAGAAAACCUGCUCAAGCUGCUCAAAAGACAUUCUGAAUCCAAAGGAUGUAAUCACUGCCCAGUUUGACAAUACAAAUUCCAGUAAGGAUUUCUGCAGCCAGUCAUGUCUUUCUACAUAUGAACUGAAAAGGAAACCUGUUGUUACUAUUCAUACUAACAGCAUUUCAACCAAGUGCAGCAUGUGCCAGAAGAAUGCAGUGAUUAGACAUGAAGUGAAUUACCAAAAUGUUGUCCACAAGCUCUGCAGUGAUGCCUGCUUCUCCAAGUUCCGCUCAGCUAAUAAUUUGACCAUGAACUGCUGUGAGAACUGUGGAGGCUACUGUUACAGUGGAUCUGGCCAAUGUCACAUGCUUCAAAUAGAGGGACAGUCAAAGAAGUUCUGCAGUUCAACAUGUGUCACAGCAUACAAGCAGAAGUCAGCUAAAAUUACACCUUGCGCACUGUGUAAAUCUUUGAGAUCUUCAGCUGAGAUGAUCGAGAGCACAAAUAACUUGGGAAAAACUGAACUGUUUUGCUCUGUUAACUGCUUGUCAGCGUAUAGAGUUAAAAUGGUUACUUCUGCAGGUGUUCAAGUUCAGUGCAACAGCUGUAAAACUUCUGCAAUCCCUCAGUAUCACUUGGCUAUGUCAGAUGGGAGCAUACGUAAUUUUUGCAGCUACAGUUGUGUAGUAGCUUUUCAGAAUUUGUUCAACAAGCCUGCAGGAAUGAACUCCUCUGUGGUACCCCUGUCGCAAGGUCAAGUCAUUGUAAGCAUUCCCUCGGGGGCAACAGUAUCGGCAGGUGGCACUACCUCGACUGUGUCCCCCAGCUCCAUGAGCAGUUCAGCUGCAGCUGGUCUACAGAGGCUGGCUGCCCAGUCCCAGCAAGUCACUUUUGCCCGCACUGUUGUAAAACUCAGGUGUCAGCACUGUAAUAGAUUGUUUGCAACCAAACCAGAACUGCUUGACUACAAGGGUAAAAUGUUUCAGUUUUGUGGGAAGACCUGCUGUGAUGAAUAUAAGAAGAGGAGCAGUGUAAUGGCAAUGUGUGAAUACUGCAAAAUUGAGAAAAUUAUCAAGGAGACGGUGCGAUUCUCAGGCAUAGAUAAGGCAUUCUGUAGUGAAGGUUGUAAACUGCUUUAUAAACAUGACUUGGCUAAACGUUGGGGAAACCACUGUAAAAUGUGCAGUUACUGUUUACAGGCUUCCCCCAGAUUGGUCCAGAAUCACUUUGGGGGGAAGAUGGAGGAAUUCUGCUCAGAGGAUUGCAUGUCUAAAUUUACAGUUUUGUUUUACCAGAUGGCAAAGUGUGAUGGUUGUAAGAGGCAAGGUAAACUCAGUGAGUCCAUGAAAUGGCAAGGGGAGAUCAAACACUUUUGCAAUCUGCUUUGUAUUCUGAUGUUCUGUAAUCAACAAAGUGUUUCUGACCCUCCACCCCAAAACAACACAGCAAACCUUUCUACGGCACCAGCUUCCUCAUCAGGCCCUCCUUCUUUGAGAAAGGAUUCAACCCCUGUCAUAGCAAACGUGGUGUCUCUUGCAAGCACCCCUGCUGCCCAGCCUACAGUUAACUCCAACAAUGUUUUACAGGGUGCAGUCCCUACUGUGACCGCAAAAAUAAUAGGAGAUGCCAGUACUCAGACAGAUGCCCUGAAACUACCACCAUCGCAACCACCCAGACUUUUAAAAAACAAAGCAUUACUGUGCAAGCCAAUCACGCAGACUAAGGCCACCUCGUGCAAACCUCAUACACAAAACAAAGAAUGCCAGACAGAAGAAGAAGAAGUUCAACCCCAAAUCAUUGUGGUACCUGUUCCUGUACCAGUGUUUGUGCCAGUACCCCUUCACCUCUAUACACAGUAUACACCAGUUCCACUUGGGAUGCCAGUACCUGUACCAGUUCCCAUGCUUUUCCCAGCUACCCUCGAUAAUGCCGAUAAGAUCAUCGAAACUAUUCAGGAUAUCAAGGAAAAGAUUCCCACAAAUCCAUUUGAAGCUGAUCUCCUUCAGAUGGCAGAAAUGAUUGCAGAAGAUGAGGAGAAAGAAAAAACACACUCUCAUGGCGGAUCUCAAACAUCUGAGCACGAGCUCUUCUUGGACCCCAAGAUAUUUGAGAAAGACCAAGGUAGCACUUACAGUGGAGACCUAGAAUCGGAAGCGGUGUCCACUCCACACAGCUGGGAGGAUGAGUUAAAUCACUAUGCCUUACGAUCAAACACCCUACCGGAUCCUGAUCCAGAACUGAAACAGUUCUCCAAAGGGGAUAUGGAACAGGACCUGGAGGCGGAUUUUCCAUCAGACUCAUUUGACCCUCUCAGUAAAGGACUGGGUCUACAUUCACGUUCACGAGCAAGACGGAGACAUAGAGAUGGCUUCCCACAGCCAAAAAGACGGGGACGAAAGAAGUCUGUAGUUUCUGUAGAGCCCCGGAAUCUCAUGCAGGGUUCCUACCCAGGAUGCUCUGUUUCUGGGAUGACCCUGAAGUACAUGUAUGGGGUAAAUGCCUGGAAGAAUUGGGUCCAAUGGAAAAACGCACAGGAGGAACAAGGGGACCUAAAGUUUUCAGGAGUCGAGUAUGCUGCACUCAACUCAUGUCCAGAGCUACUAGGAAAUACUCAAGAUCUUUCUCUCACUCAAGAUUCCCCUGAGUCCAGCUAUAGAGUUCGUCCUGUGAAACUCAAGGAGGACGUUCUCUCAUGCACUUUUGCCGAGCUGAGUUUUGGCUUGUGCCAGUUUAUUCAAGAGGUGCGGAGACCAAAUGGAGAAAAAUAUGAUCCUGACAGCAUCUUAUACUUGUGCCUUGGAAUUCAGCAGUACCUGUUUGAGAAUGGUAGAAUAGAUAACAUUUUUACCGAGCCCUAUUCCAGGUUUAUGAUUGAGCUUACAAAACUCUUGAAAAUCUGGGAACCUACAAUUCUUCCAAAUGGUUACAUGUUCUCAAGAAUUGAAGAGGAACACUUGUGGGAGUGUAAACAGCUGGGUGCAUAUUCCCCUAUAGUCUUACUGAACACACUUCUGUUCUUCAACACCAAAUACUUCCAACUAAAGAAUGUCAGCGAGCACCUGAAAUUAUCCUUUGCCCAUGUCAUGAGACGCACCCGGACUCUGAAGUAUAAUACUAAGAUGACGUAUUUACGUUUUUUCCCACCCUUUCAAAAACAAGAGGUAGAAUCAGAUAAAUUAUCUGUAGGCAAAAGGAAACGUGGUGAAGAUGAGGAGAUUGCAACAGCAGUGGAAAUGGCUGAAAAUACGGAUAAUCCCCUGCGAUGUCCAGUCCGACUUUAUGAGUUUUACUUGUCAAAAUGUUCUGAAAGCGUGAAGCAGAGAAGUGAUGUAUUUUACCUUCAACCUGAGCGCUCCUGUGUACCCAAUAGCCCCAUGUGGUAUUCCACAUUGCCAAUAGACCCAGGAACCUUGGACAUCAUGUUAACACGUAUUCUUAUGGUGAGGGAAGUACAUGAAGAACUUGCCAAAGUCAAAUCAGAGGACUCUGAUAUUGAGUUAUCAGACUAACUGAAGUGGGGUAUUUUCCUUUGAAUACACAUUAGAAGCACCAAACUGUGAAUACGUCCAGCCUUUGGAAAAUGUGUAUCAAAUAAGCCAAGAUAAUGUCACCUAAAGGCACAUUUUGAACCACAGUGGAUGUACAAACUGGAAUUGGAAGGAAGCAAGCUAUGUAAGCUGCAAGAAACAACGUCCUACAGCAGCGAUAAAUCCUCUGAACAAACUCAAGAUGAACUAACCUAUUUGAGUGGUGCAUAAAUCCUUUAUCUGUUUAGGAUUUUUAAAAAAAAAUUGUGAAACAUUUUUAAGGAAAACGGUUGCGUAAAAGCUACCAUAAUGAUGAUGGGCACAGAGAGCUAGACUGUGGCUCACGUGAUUUCUCAGCCUGAUGGCUGGCAGUCGUUGCUGCCAAAGAACAUGUGGAGAUCCUAGAGCUCUUCACAAGGACAGGAGAGAAAGUGGUGAUAUUUAGACAAACAGACACCUUCCGUUAUAAAUAUAUACACACACACACUUUUAUAAUUUUUUUUUAAAGCUGGGAUCAAAUGUUAAGAAGGCAGAAGCUGCCAGGGUAGCUAUCUAAAUGGACUAUCUAAAUGGACAACAAUCUGGCUGCUGUUAAACGGUCACACGAUGCCAGAAUCUAGCUCUCGGUCCGUGCUAAUACCAACUCUAGCUCUGUUUGAUCUGUGAUGUGGAAGAGGUGCUGUAGGUCAAACUUCAGAGUGAUCAUGUUAUGGGACAAACGUUUCUGGGGUAUGUACAGGAGAGUGACUGUCCUGGGGUAUGUGCAGAAAAUCCCUUAACUAGCCCAGUAGCUCUGCAGUCUGUUGAUAUAAUCUAGCAAAUACUGUGGUGCGCGGAAAUUUUUUUUUCCCUUAAGGCAGCUUUCCUUUCUCCUCUUUCCCCUACUCCGAUGUUUUUGGUUAUUUUAUAAGGCAAAUAUGGAGGGCCUUGUCAUUUCAAGGGAAAGAUGCACGUGCUCUUUCUCUUUCCACCUUUGCAACACCUGCAGUGUUGUACAAAGGAUGCAGUAUUACUUCUGACAAAGAACUGUGGUAGAAAGUUACCAUGUGUGUUUUUUCCCCACCCCACGCAAAGAGAUUUAGUCAUAGUGUUGGAAAUUGAAAGAGAUUUUUUUAAGGUUUGGCUGUUACUGCAUCUUUUAGAAGAGAAAAGCUCCCAUAUUGUGUUUAGAGGACAGGACAUUAUCAGAUACUGUCUGUAUCUCUGUUUUCUCAAGCUAUAGAUACGUGUUUCUGAUGACCAGAAGUCAUAAAUUCAUUGGAAACCCAAACUAUUUUUAAAGAAGAGAACUGUAUGGUUUUUAUCUAGUUUUGGUCAGUUAUCCAGCUUCUGUAAUAGGGGUCUGAUAUUUGAUCUUGUCACUAAAAUUUCAGGAGAUGAAAAUCAACAGCCUUGGAUGAUAUUUCCUUUUUUUUGUUUGUUUUGUUUUGUUUUUUAAUUAUUUUUUUAGCAGUAACAAAAGUAAUUUAACAAAAAUAAAAUCAGAAAGUAGUCUAUUGACGUUGUGUAUUUGGUAGUCCUGUCCCUGCCUGUAACAGAUUUCACUGAUGUAUUUUUUAAUACAGAAAACUAUGUGAAAAGUAAACCUGCCCCGAUUCUGUCUGAUCCAAGCCCAUCUGUGUCUGUCAUUUCUGAUCAAAGAUCAUGCUUUGUCCAUGUCCUGGCCUAGCACUCCCGGGGGGAAAUACUUGGGCCCUAACGUGUACCCUAACAAUAAACUGCCCAGGCACUUGGAGGCUUCAUGACUUUCAUUUAGGUUAAUUUCAUUUUGUAUAAACACUAACUUAUGCCCUAUAGUUAUGUUAAAGUAUUUAAAUAGCAGGCACACUAUUUUGUAUUGGGAUGGUUGAUAGAAUGUUUCAGGAAAAAAAUACCACUCUGGAGAGAACAGCUAACCAGCUUAGCGUGUAGGUCUGUAGAGGAUAAAAAAGUCUGAGAUGUGUCUGUUGCACACAGGUAUGCCCAGAACCUCCAUAUUAGUAGAAGACAGGAAGGAUCCAGGAAUAACUGAAGUUCUUGGAGAUUGCGUGUAAGAAUGCAGCUACCUGCGUCUGUAUCGGGUUGCCUUUGCCCCUUCCUUUCCUCCCCCUGCCCGCCCCCCAGGGAAUAAGCAAGGGAAAGAGUUAAGACAUGCUGUUGGGAGGGCUGGUUUUUGUUGGGAGGGGGUGGGGAUUGUUUAAAAAAUAAUACCACAACUGAGUUUUCCCUUAAUAGACAUAACAGAAAUAUUCCCAUAGAAUAAAGUAGUAUAUUUGUA